UAGAUGCUGAUGGUUCUCAUAGAUGGAUGUUUGUUGUUGACAGUUGAGCUCAUACUUUGAGGGGAGAUGACUACUCCGCCUUUGGUUAUCUUAUCAGCGAUCCCACUCGAUCCUGCUAUCUGAAUUCAAUCGUCUACUCAGCAAUCCGUUUUAUCGAUCUCCCUGUCGCUUCCUAUCCACCAUCAUCAUGACUCCCCGCCAACCUCUCAAACUCCUCAUGCUCCAUGGUUACACCCAAUCUGGCGCCCUCUUCCAUGCCAAAUCCCGCGCCUUGAUCAAACACAUCACCAAGGCUUUUCCCCUCCACGAAGUCGCCGCCAUCUACCCCACGGGCCCCAUUCAUCUCAACCCCGCCGAUAUCCCCGGCUACGAACCCUCCCCAAACAAUGACAUGGACGAAGCCGUCGAAGCCUACGGAUGGUGGCGCCGCUCCAACACUGCCGACCCACCCCUUUAUCUUGGUCUCGAGGAUGGUUUGGAUGCUGUCGCAAAGGUUCUUCGCGAUGAAGGCCCCUUUGAUGGUGUAAUUGGGUUCUCGCAGGGUGCUGCCUUGGCCGCGAUGGUGGCCGGCUUGCUCGAACCCGGACGGAAGGAUACCUUUGCCAGGGUUGCGGAGCAGGAUAAGGGUAACAGUGAUGGAGUUACUGGAUUUUCUUUCCCGUCGGGCUUUGACUCGCUUUCGCAUCCGCCUCUCAAGUUUGCGCUGUGCUAUAGUGGGUUCCGCUCGCCGGGUGCGCGGUACCGGGCUUUCUACGAGGAUCCCGCGAUUCAAACUCCUGUGCUGCAUGUGUUGGGUUCUUUGGACUCGGUCGUGGAUGAUAGUCGCAGUCGGUCGUUGAUUGAGGCCUGUGCCGGUGAUCCAGAGAAGGAAGAUAAGGUGGUUUGGCAUCCCGGUGGUCAUUUCUUGCCUAGCCAGCGGCCGUAUUUGGAUGCCGCGGUGAGGUUUAUUAAAGAGCGACUGGACGGUCAGGGUGGUAAGGGCCAGGAAGAAGAGGAAGAUGUUCGAGACAUGGAUUUGCCAUUCUAGAGUAUUGCGCAUGGUAGAUACCUCCUGUUUUAUAUAUACUACUGCUGCGUCUAGCGUUUUAUCGGCAUCUUUGGACAAUACAAUUGACGAUUUAUACGAUAGAGAUAACUAAUUACCAUUUACACGAAAAGC